GAACUGCCAUCACUACUCACUCACCGGCUGCCUGCUCACUGCUGAGCCGUUCACGUAUGGCCUGUGCGCGUUCCCGGUUUGGAGAGGUCGGUGCCAUCUCCACUCGCCUCGGGGAAAAGGUGCGUUGCUUCUCAAAGCUACAAUUCAAGAAAACUGACAAAAUGUAUAGAUGAGCGACCAGCCAUAACCACCAAGCCCAGAGAACCAGAACCCCGGUCAGAACCCCUUUCUCUCCCCCUGUUGCCGACUGCCGACGCCCUGGGACCCGUCGUCACCAUGGAGACGGUGGUGAUCGUGGCCAUUGGGGUGCUGGCCACCAUCUUCCUGGCCUCCUUCAUUGCCCUGGUGGUGGUGUGUCGACACCGCUACUGCCACCCCCACCACCUGCUGCACCACUUCAACUCCAAGCCCAAUGGACUGACCUGCUGGUUUGAAGCUAUAAGUCUAUGGAUUGAACAGAGCGACUUCACAGCACUAAGACCCAAUGUUGACCUGAUCGGUGCCAUGGAGACCCAGAGUGAGCCGUCUGAGCUGGAGCUGGACGACGUGGUCAUCACCAACCCUCACAUCGAGGCCAUCCUGGAGAACGAGGACUGGAUCGAGGACGCCUCUGGAUUGGUUUCACAUUGUAUCUCCAUCUUAAAGAUCUGCCACACCCUGACUGAAAAGCUGGUUGCCAUGACAAUGGGCUCAGGCGCUAAGGUGAAAGCCCCAGCCAGCCUCAGUGACAUCAUCACUGUGGCUAAACGCAUCAGUCCGAGGGUGGAUGACGUUGUGCGGUCAAUGUACCCUCCACUGGACCCCAUACUUCUUGAUGCCAGGGCCACCGCCCUCCUCCUGUCAGUCAGUCACCUGGUGCUGGUGACACGCAACGCCUGUCACAUGUCUGGCAGCAUGGACUGGAUCGACCAAUCACUGCACGCCGCUGAGGAUCACAUGGUGGUGCUGCGGGAGGCGGCGCUAGCGUCUGAACCGGAACGGAGUCUACCUGGAAUAGAUGUGCAGAGAGAGCAGGCUAUCUAGAACACAGACAUGUACAUACACACAUGCAUGCACACAUUCACAUAGACAUUGGCAAGCAGGCACAUACACUCCUUCUCUGUACAUCAUACAAAUAGACACAUUAAUGCAUAUCUCGGACACAUUCUCACGCAUACACAAUGCUUGAUAAACACACAAUAAAAAAAACUCAACACAUUCCCAAAACACACAUUCCCAAUGCUCUUUCCCACUGUUGUUCUGUGCUGAUUUACAUACAGAUGGGUUGCCAGAUAAAAGAAAAGAGCUGGUUUUAGAAACGGAUGGGUUGCCAAAUCCUUGUGCUAUUUUGCUCUUGAUCCUUUCACUUUUACCAUGUUUCUGGUUUUGUAUAUAGUUAUGUAUAACCAUAAUGCAUGUUAUGAUUAGGAUUUAUAUAGAUUUUAUGUUACACUCUCAGACUCUGAUUGUAUUGUAAGUGGAGAGCUCACUGAGACAGGCUUGUGUGUAGUUGUUGCCAUGGACGACUGCCCCCUUGAUCUUCAUUCCUGGGUGUCUUCCAUCUCCCAGCGGUGAGCUAUAAUCCACCCCGUUAGGAGUGCACAGUCACAUGAAAGCUUAAAUUUAGUCAACUAAUCCAUGUGGGGGAAAACCCUAGACACCCAAUAGGACCAAAGGCCUGGGAAAUACAUGCACACCUACUCAGAGCAAUACACUCUUACUUAGAGCAAUACACUCUUACUCAGAGCAACACACUACUACUCAGAGCAAUACACUGAUACUCAGAGAAAAGCACUCUUACUUAGAGCAAUACACUCUUAAUUAGAGCAAUACACUGCUACUCAGAGCAAUACACUCUUACUCAGAGCAAUACACUCUUAGAGCAAUACACUCUUACUUAGAGCAAAACACUGCUACUCAGAGCAAUACACUCUUACUUAGAGCAAUACACUGCUACUCAGAGCAAUACACUCUUACUUAGAGCAAUACACUCUUACUUAGAGCAAUACACUCUUACUUAGAACAAUACACUCUUACUUAGAGCAAUACACUCUUACUUAGAGCAAUACACUCUUACUUAGAGCAAUACACUCUUACUUAGAGCAAUACAGUCUUACUUAGAGCAAUACACUGCUACUUAGAGCAAUACACUGCUGCUCAGAGCAAUACACUGCUACUCAGAGCAAUACACUCUUACUUACAGCAAUACACUCUUACUUAGAGCAAUACACUCUUACUCAGAGCAAUACACUGCUACUCAGAGCAGUACACUCUUACUUAGAGAAAUACACACUUACUCAGAGCAAUACACUCUUACUUAGGACAAUACACUGCUACUCAGAGCAAUACACUCUUACUCAGAGCAAUACACUCUUACUUAGAGCAAUACACUCUUACUCAGAGCAAUGCACUGCUACUCAGAGCAAUACACUCUUACUCAAAACAAUACACUGCUACUCAGAGCAAUACACUCUUACUUAUAGCAAUACACUGCUACUCCGAGCAAUACACUCUUACUUAGAGCAAUACACUGCUACUCGGAGCAAUACACUGCUACUCGGAGCAAUACACUGCUACUCGGAGCAAUACAAUGCUACUCGGAGCAAUACACUGCUACUCAGAGCAAUACACUGCUACUCAGAGCAAAACAUUCUUACUUAGAGCAAUACACUGCUACUCAGAGCAAUACACUCUUACUCAGAGCAAUACACUCUUACUCAGAGCAAUACACUCUUACUUAGAGAAAUACACUCUUACUUAGAGCAAUACACUGCUACUCAAAGCAAUAUACUCUUACUUAGAGCAAUACUCUUACUUAGAGCAAUACACUCUUAAUUAGAGCAAUACCCUGCUACUCAGAGCAAUACACUCUUACUCAGAGCAAUACACUCUUACUUAGAGCAAAACACUGCUACUCAGAGCAAUACACUCUUACUUAGAGCAAUACACUGCUACUCAGAGCAAAACACUGCUACUCAGAGCAAUACACUCUUACUUAGAGCAAUACACUGCUACUCAGAGCAAUACACUCUUACUUAGAGCAAUACACUCUUACUUAGAACAAUACACUCUUACUUAGAGCAAUACACUGCUACUCAGAGCAAUACACUGCUACUCAGAGCAAUACACUCUUACUUAGAGCAAUACACUCUUACUCAGAGCAAUACACUCUUACUUAGGACAAUACACUGCUACUCAGAGCAAUACACUCUUACUCAGAGCAAUACACUCUUACUUAGAGCAAUACACUCUUACUCAGAGCAAUGCACUGCUACUCAGAGCAAUACACUCUUACUCAGAGCAAUACACUCUUACUUAGAGCAAUACACUCUUACUCAAAACAAUACACUGCUACUCAGAGCAAUGCACUGCUACUCAGAGCAAUACACUCUUACUUAUAGCAAUACACUGCUACUCCGAGCAAUACACUCUUACUUAGAGCAUUACACUGCUACUCAGAGCAAUACGCUGCUACUCGGAGCAAUACACUGCUACUCGGAGCAAUACACUCUUACUUAGAGCAUUAGACUGCUACUCAGAGCAAUACACUGCUACUCAGAGCAAUACACUGCUACUCGGAGCAAUACACUGCUACUCGGAGCAAUACAAUGCUACUCAGAGCAAUACACUGCUACUCAAAGCAAUAUACUCUUACUUAGAGCAAUACUCUUACUUAGAGCAAUACACUGCUACUCAGAGCAAUAUACGCUUACUUAGAGCAAUACACUGCUACUCAGAGCAAUACACUCUUACUUAGAGCAAUACACUCUUACUCAGAGCAAUACACUCUUACUCAGAGCAAUACACUCUUACUUAGAGAAAUACACGCUUACUCAGAGCAAUACACUCUUACUCAGAGCAAUACACUGCUACUCAGAGCAAUACACUGCUACUCAGAGCAAUACACUCUUACUUAGAGAAAUACACGCUUACUCAGAGCAAUACAUUCUUACUUUGAACAAUACACUGCUACUCAGAGCAAUACAUGCUUACUUAGAGCAAUACACUGCUACUCAGAGGAAUACACUCUUACUUAGAACAAUACACUCUUACUCAGAACAAUACACUGCUACUCAGAGCAAUACACUGCUACUCAGAGAAAUACACUCUUACUCAGAGCAAUACACUGCUACUUAAAGCAAUACACUGCUACUUAGAACCCGGAGUCAAGACAAGCCUCCCUUCCAGCUGAAGGUGUUGGGCGGCUUUAUGCUGACCGGUGGUGCGAUGUUAUUGGAGCAUGGCUAGCUGCCUCACCAUGCAUGCCUAAUACCGUAGCUUGAACUGAAACCCAAGAGCAGUAAUCACAGUAUAACCCAGCUUUACACACACACUGCCCAGCCCUAACACAGCUCACAGAGCUGCGAACACUGCACCACACACUCAAGCUUACAGAGCAACUGUAACAGAGUUCACACACUGCUAACCUAAGGAGCAACUGUACAGUGAUACACACACUUACGCAACAAGACAGCAUGGAGAAUGUAAAUACACACAUUAGAGUUUAUAGGCAAAACUAUAUUGUUAAACACACGGUCAAAUCAGGUGUUUUUUCACUUUUGUCUUUCUGAGAAGAUAUGCCUUUUGUGCCUUUUUCCUUCUUAUAAUUCAAGCUCUGAAAUAAUUCAAGCUCUGAAAUUCAGCCUAAGAGAAGACUGCCAGUAUAACUGCAGCCUACAUCAGAUAAGCAGAGCUCUGUGAUGGAAUGAUAUUGAUUGAGAUGAAACAUGAAGAAAGUGGCCAGUCCUUUAUUUUCCUGGUUUCCGUUGUUUAUUACAAUUGAUUGCUUUUGUAUGUAAGCUCUCCUGUGUUUUCUCCUCCCCACCCACCGUUCGUUAGGGAUGUUUCCUUAUAUCCUGCCUUUUUCACCUUUCUCUUUUUUUCCUUCAUUGAUUUGUACAGGUAAAUUAAAGUUUCAUAGGAAAAUGUGUAA